AUGGCUCCCCAGUUCAUGUUUCUCAUUGGUAAACAUCCUAUUGUCAUCCUACUUGUUCCUUUCUCCUGCAUCUUAACCUCCCUUAUUGCCCUGGUAACUAGGCCUAUCCUAUGGCUUGCGCGUUUACUACUUAACCCCCAACGCCUUGAGGAAAGGAUUCUCCGGUCACUUCCAAAGUUCUGUUAUGCUGCAGAAGUCGAUGAUAAGCUCACGGAUUGUGCCAUCUGCCUGAUGGAGUAUGAGGGUGGUGAUGGUAUAAGGGUUUUGCCUCCUUGUGGUCAUGGCUUCCAUGUCGAUUGUGUAGAUAGGUGGCUGAAGUGCCACUCUUCCUGUCCAUCAUGUCGCGCCAUCGUGGUUAUCCAGAGCAACGAAGCACAGAUACUUGGAGAUGGAAAUACUCCACCAUUUUCAGUUCCUGGUGGUUCAAAUCCUUACAAGCUGACUUUCUGGCACCUCUGAGAUUGUGACUGUAAAUACAUCAACGAUCCAGACAUAACAGUAAAAGGCCACAAACGAUGCACAGGUUUAUUAUACUUGUAUGUAACACUACUAGGAAGCACACCCGCGCGUUGCUGCGGUGCUCUAUCUUUCUGAAGCUGACUGAUUUUAAGAAGUCUGUUCCAUAUGAAGACCAGGUACUUCACAUUUGGAAGCUAUGUUAUUGGGUAACAAUCAAAUUCAUAUAUGUUUGAGUUAACAAUGUAAAUGGCUUCUUUAUUGUCAAACACACAGAAAAGGUAGAGUUUUACAUUGGAAACUUGCAAUUGCCAAAGAUAAUGAUGUAAACUUAAAUAAGUUCUUUACUGUGGCAACAUAAUGAUAUUCGCUAAAGCAUCAUUUUAAAAUAGAAUGUACAAUACCAAAAGAUCAUUAUGAUACUGUGAAGGCAAAGAUUAUUAGAGCAAGAUUAGGACAAUUUUAUUGAAGAAGAAGAUUAUUACAACAAAAAAGGCUCUUUAGUCAAGACAGAGGCUAGGAUUUCUGUACUGGAAAGCUUGAUAUCAAGCUACCUAAAAUUUUAGAUUACAAAUUUGCAUUGAGAUUUACAUUAGAAAUUUAAAUAAAACAAUUUUUUCAAUUUAACACAAAUCUAGAAAUUCACACUCACACCGUACAAGAUCAUUUAAAAAAAAAAGAAUUGAAAUCCUGUUGUUUAACAUGAACGGAUUGCACAAAAAACUCACAAAUAGUUUAUACCUUUCAUGAACUGAUUGAGAAGAGAACCACAAUAACCAAGAAUUACAUAUGUUACACACCUGCUAUGUUCUCAUUGAUUGCACAGAGACCAGUUAGCAAGUAAAUUGCAGCCCCAACAACUAUACAUUAUAUCAUAAUUGCAAUUUCAUCUAUCUCCUAAACACACCAACUACCAAUAGGAUCAUAUCAACAAUAGCAAAGCACUUGAAAAAAAUCCCGAGUGAACAUAUGAAUUCACUCUAGGAAAAGUGAAGGGAAUGAAAUCAGAAAUCGAGUCAAUACAAUACAGAGAAAAAGAAUUUGAAAACUCAAAGCUGAGUCGUCCACAGAAAUUGUGAAAUCAAGUUUUUAAUCGUCAGUUAUAACAAAGAGUAAGGAACUAUAAUAUCAGACCUUCUUGACGUACUGGCAUCAAGGCAGAUAUUUAUUCACAUCAAAUGAAACUUGUAACUCUGUAUAGAUCCUCCAUUCCUCAUUAGUUAAGGUUCAUUCAACUGAUCUAACAGUUUUAAAUGUCACUAUAAGUGAACAAUCAUCAACUUUAUUUGAAGGAGAUUUAGAAAGCCGAAGUUUGUAUCUACUGAAUUGGUAAUCUCCACUCAUUCACCAAGUGAACAACUUUGAAACCAGAUGGCUUUAAGAAACACAAAUUUAAUCUAAGAACAAAAAUUCUACCUUAAUCUUCGGCGCGUAUUAUAGAAAUUUGAUGAUGAGAAUUCCAACCCUAAAAUUACAAUCCCAAAUCAAAAAUUCAAAGUGAGUUUGAAAUAUCAAUUGAAAGUAAUUCUAUCACAACCAAGGUUCUAAAAAUCACCGCCUAGGCAGCCCUAGGAGCCCAAUAGACCCUUGCCGCUACGAUUUUGUGCUAAAAGGCGGUGUUAGGCGGCUGGCCGAUUUUUGCCUGCCUAGGGGCCGCCUGGGCGGAUCCUGGGCGGCUAGGCGUUUUUUUUAAGUUAUGGAUUUUGAGUUUGAUUCGGA